AUGGCCAGCUCAUACACUACGAGAAAUGGGCGCACGAGCAAACGCGGCCUUUUUCUAGGAGGCGUCUGGCAAUGCGACUGCGAACCACGCCUCCCAGCCGACAAGUUCCAGGUGAAGAAUGGCGGAAAGAACCAUGGAAGAUGGUUCUACACUUGUCAAAAACCACAACAUAAGCGAUGCAAGUUCUUUCUCUGGACCGACGAUGCCAAAGUUCGCGAGGAAGCGGCAGUUUUGAGCAAUUCUCGUUCAGAACCACCUGCACAACCCCAGACUCCUCGAAAACCGAGAGCGGCCGAGAUCCCGCCUACUCCAGACACGAAAACAAGCAAGUUUGGCUCGGACAGGGCGGGCCGGGUUCAAGAGAAGUACCAAGGAAAGUCCGAAGCCGAUUCAAGCUUCGACUGGUCCUCGAGCAAUGAUGAAGCGUUGUUAGAGGCUGAACUGCAGACAUCAAAGGAGCAAGUACCAUUUGAAACCCCCAAGAAAGCUGCCAGAACUUUAUCUACCACUUCUCCGGGCAAAAGGGUAUUUCGCCAAUCGGCGGAACAGGAUAACGAUGCGGAUGACACAUGGCCACUGAGUGACGAUGUCUUCGCAACACCGUCCACCUCAACUAAAUCUGGAGUAGCCGGCUUACUCUCUCCUGGCGAUACGCCUGCGAGAGAUCGAUCCCAAUUUGUGGUUCCGGACUCUGCACCCUCUGCUUUGGCCGUCGAAGUUCUUGCUGUAUUGUCCAAAGUGCCCUUGAGCUCCGAGGUGAAGAAAGAAUUGAUCGACCUCCUCAACAGACAUGAUCUGCGUACCCAAGGAAUCAUCAAAGGCCGUGACAUUACUCGAUUAGCCGUUCAAAGCAAGGAGAAAAAGAUUGCAGAACUACAGGCUCGAAUAGGAGCUUUGGAAGCUGAGCGAGAAACCAAUCGUGCAGUGAUCAGUCAUAUGAAACAUGAUAUUGCGACCUCACCGAAAGUCAGUAGGAGCGCAAGGAAAAUUCCGGGGCGGCGGUCAGAGGUGUGA